UUGCGGCAUUCGAUGUGAGUCCUUCGUGACUUGUCCAGUAAACUUGGCGUCAACUCGGUCGUUCCUGGAGCUUAAAAUAACUGAGGAUAGUUUUUUGAAUCAGGUUCCGUUUGAAUUCGAAACGUUUCGCUCGGACGCCAUGGUAAACCUAGCUGCCGACCCUUUGGACUUAAAGUCUUUGCCGGAUGCCGGAGACCGCUUCGUCAUCGGAAAGUUGUUGGCAUCCGGAGUCUGUAGCAACGUCUUUGAAGCCACUGACUCAGAAACAGGGAACCGUGUAGCGAUUAAAGUUCAAAGCACGAAUGACAUAACGGAUUUGGAAAAAGAUAUCAACGAAGAAUACCGCAUUUUAAGAGAUCUGUCGUCACAUCCGAAUAUACCAGACUUUUAUGGCGCUUAUGCAAACAAGGAUGGCAGAGAAUUGUGGUUCGUAAUGGAGUUGUGCGAAGGAGGAACUCUAGUGGAUUUUAUUAACGGUUUAUUGAUACAAAACAAGAAAAUGACAGAAGGACAAAUUGGAUAUAUACUCAAAGAACUCAUAAAGGUAGUGUGCUUUCUACACGAAAACCAUGUUGUACACAGGGACAUACGUGGUUCCAAUUUACUGUUGACUAAAGAAGGACAAGUAAAACUUGCGAGUUUCGGCCAAUCCAGGGAACUACAGAGUCCGGGCUUCAAGACAAGCACCUGCGUUGGAUCUCCGGCAUGGAUGGCGCCCGAAGUGGUGUUGACCGAAUACAAGGACAAUUCAGGCGAACCUCCCAGCUACGACAGAAAGGUGGACGUCUGGGCUUUGGGUAUAACCGCCAUCGAGCUGGCCGAUGGCAAGCCUCCUUAUCUAGAUAUUCAUCCGACCAGAGCGUUGUUUCAAAUUGUAAGAAAUCCACCUCCGGGGCUCUUCAGGCCGUCCAACUGGUCACAAUUGUACAACGACUUUAUUGCCGAGUGUUUGGAAAAAAAUCCCGAUCAUCGUCCGUGCGCCGAAGAGUUGUUAGAACACCCGUUCAUAAUGCAAGUGCCGGACAAAGCACGAUCAGACAUAAAAUCAAUCAUGGAAUCUAAUGUGGCCGAUGUGACGUCUAUCAGGAAAGCAGAAGUCAGAAUAAUCAGAAACGGAUACUUAAAAACCAGCCAAACGGAACCGGCAAAACCUAUGCAUUUGGAAGAUUUGGCUGCGUUAAAAGUAGUGUCUGAAGAUUCGGUACUCGACGAACUACAAACUCGGCACCUAAACGGUCUUAGUUAUACGUUUGUCGGUGACGUGCUGUUGUACUUGAACCCAAACGAGGAUGAAAGUUAUUGCGAAAAAAAGAAUCAUUAUCGGUAUCAGUUCAAAUGCCGUUCGGACAACGCCCCUCACAUAUUCAGCGUGGCCGACGCUGCUUACCAGGAUAUGUUGCACCACGAACAACCACAACAUAUACUGUUGGCCGGUGAAACCAAGUCUGGAAAAUCGUUAAACUACGGCAAACUCGUCGAACACUUGCUAUUUCUUGGAGAGUUGAGUCACGCGAAAUCCAACAAAAUUGGUUUGACAAUCAAAUGCGCCAUCGACGUCAUCCAAUCUUUUGGGAACGCGGCCAACAAAUAUCACAUGAACUCCACAAGGCACGUAAAUCAGACUCAAAUCACGUACUCGUCUACCGGUAAACUGAGUGGAGCAAUUUUUUUUGUGUAUCAAUUGGAAAAAUGGCGGGUCACAAACGUUAAGAACUCGGAUCAUCAAAGUUUUCAUGUGUUUUAUGACUUCUUGGCCGCCGCCAAAUCAGACGGGGUACUAGAACAAUACCAUCUAGUUGAUGGUUAUCAAUACCGGUAUUUGAUGAGAGGAGAGGAGUUGAUUGAUGAUGGUCAAAGCGCAAGAGUAACAAAUUUCAACAAAUUGUUAUCCUGUUUAAAAGAUACGCUAGAAUUCACGGACGAUCAGGUAAACACCAUUUGGCGUGUAUUGGCGGCUAUUCUGAAUUUAGGGGAAAUCCUUGUGAUCAAAGGCGACGAAGACGGUGAGACAAAAAUCGAAAACGACGACUUGGUCGCCAACAUCGCUGAUUUACUAGGAGUCGACCCAAAAAAGUUGAUUUGGUGUCUACUAAACUACUGUGUGGUCGUUAACGGAACGGCUGUUCGUCGCAAGCAAACUGUGACGUCAGCGUACGAAGGCCUCCAAGUGUUUGCUCAGACCCUUUACGCCAGAUUGUUCGAUUGGAUAGUCAACGUUAUCAACAUGAAGUUAUCGAUUAGCAGAGCUGUUUUCGGUGAUAAGCAUUUGAUAUGCCUUAUGGACAUGUUUGGGUUCGAGUGUUUCCGUCAAAACAACUUGGAACAAUUGUUCGUAAAUUGCCUAAACGAACAGUUGCAGUACCAUUAUAUUCAGAGGACAUUUGCCUGGGAAAUGCAAGAUUUGGACGAAGAGGGAAUUGAAACAUAUGGCAUGCAAUAUCUGAAUAAUAAACCAACUAUAGACGCUCUCAUGAACAACCCGGAAGGAUUAUUUUACAUGUUUGACGAAGCCACCAAAAAUGGACACGACUACGCAUACAUAACGAACGAGCUGGAAAAGAAUCCUAAAGAGCCGUACUUGCACGUGGUGAAUUCAAAGAGCUUCACUGUGACGCACUACAGCGGUUCGAUAACGUAUCAGCUGAAAGACAUAGUCGAGAAAAACCGCGACUUCUUGGCUCCCGAAGUGGUCGAGACCAUGCGCUUGUCCAAAGACAAUAGUCUCAAGGAUAUGUUUACCAACCGCUUAACAAAAUCUGGCAAUCUGACUGUGAGCAAGGACCGGACAAUGCUGGUGAAAUCAGCUCCAACCAAAGUCAGCCGAUGGGGCGUGGCGCUGGCGGCCGAGAAACACCCGAUUAGAAAAUACAAUACCGAGUCUCGGGGCGAAUACUCGCAAACGCAUCGGAUGCGCACGGCAUCAGCUGUUUACCGAUCUAGCAGCGUGGAAAUCCUUAGAUCAUUGGUGGACACUGCCGAUCAAAAGAACGGAAUGCAUUUCGUGAGAUGUGUGAGAGCCACGUUGUCCGGAGAACCGCUGGGCUUCCAAUCGGACGUCGUCAAGCAACAGCUGAAGGCACUGUCGGUGGUCGAGACCGUCUUGGCUAGACAAAACGGUUACUCGUGCCGGAUAUCGUUCAGCGAGUUCAUUCAAAGGUACAAGUUUUUGGCAUUUGACUUCUACGAGAACGUGGAGGUGACUAAAGAAAAUUGUCGUUUGCUACUGAUCCGUUUGAAAAUGGAAGGAUGGAAGUUAGGAAAAAAUAAAGUGUUUUUGAAGUAUUACCACGAGGAAUAUCUGUCUAGGUUGUACGAGACACAGGUGAAGAAAGUGAUCAAAGUCCAGUCUAUGCUACGGACGUUCAUCACUAAACGAAAAAUGGCGCCACACUUGACCAAACAAUCCGGUGUGGCAAAACCAAAACCGAAGAAAUUCGAACACACUUCUUCCCAAGAAGAAGCGGCCAUCGUCUUACAAAAACAUUACAAAGGAUAUCGAGUCAGGAGCAACAUGGCAGCGAACAAAAAUCUUGAUACAGAGGCUAAACAAUUGUUAAGAAAAUUUUGUAAUAAAUGGAAAAACAAAUCUAUUUAUCAGUUGAUUCUGCUAGAUCGGAGCAACAAGAUUCAGGAUGUCGUGUAUUUUUCUUUACAGGUUCACUUGUAUAACCAACACGUGAUUGCCAAUUUAAACAAUGCCAAUCAAGGUGCAGUCAUGUUAUCAAAAAUCAUGACAACCACGAACGUAAGCGAUUUCUUGGGCAGCAAAAUGUGUUAUUCAUAUAAAAUUCCGUUCAAGUUGGAUCACAUACAGACCAUAAACAGACAUACAUUUGACAUUGAGUCUGAAAACAGCAUAGACGACAGCAACUGGGACAGUCCUCUUAACCGGAUACCGGAAUCCCGAACGGCUUAUAGGAUUUUGAAAUUCUCGUACGCUGUUCGAGACCAAGGAGUACAAGUUGACGUUAGCCGACCUAUAAGUUCCAACAACCAUCACGGUCUCGAAAACCGUUCAGAUGUUAGUGUUAACAUGCGCAUGCAAAAUCACAGGUCAUUCAAAGAAGAGAAACCCACACAAAUGGUAACGGUUGACAACCGUCAGACAUCUAAGAACCACAAAGAAUUCCAAGCAGCCGUGAACGUGGACAAACCAAAAUCCAACAAGUCACCGGACAAGGCAAAUCCCAUGUUAGAACUUCAGUACAGAGGAAAACAAUAUCAUGCUGAUAAAAACGAAGACCAAGAUGCGCCUUAUAAUUUUCAGGCUAUAUUGAAGAAAACCAACUACAAAAGACCAUCUUUGGACCGUGGACAACUGGAGUACUCGUCAACUGCGGUGGUUGAUAUCGAAUCUGCGAAAUACAAAGAAAAAUCAGAAAUCUGUUUGUCACAUACUAAAAAAAUGAAAAAUGAGAUCAAUCAGAGAGUGGCGGCUGGAAAAUCGAUCAAAGCCGAACUAGUACCCGGCGUAAUGGUCGAAGGAUCAUCUUAUGAUCUUUAAACUUAUUCUCUACACAUUCGUCAUAAAUAUUAUACUUUGAUAUCACACAUCUAAUUAUCAGUAUUGUAAUUAAAUAGUUCUAUACCACAUCUAGUUGCACACAAAUACAAUUUAUACAUUAUGUA